GGAGAGAGAGGUGGGGAGGAGAGAGACCUGGAGGAAGGAGAGAGAGGUGGGGAGGAGAGAGACCUGGAGGAAGGAGAGAGAGGUGGGGAGGAGAGAGAUGAGGGGUCUGUAUCUAAUUCUGGCCCCCCUCCUCGCUGGGAGGAGUUUUUCACCACGGAGAUACUGACGGACAGCCAGACCAGCCAACCAAACUCCUGCUCUCACACAAGCCCCUCCCACUCUCCACUGACAGGCUCCCAGACCCCAGAGCUGUUUGUUGAUGACUUCGUCACACUCCCCUCGCCGUCAAUUCCUCUCGGCUGGGCGAGGCCCGAGUCAGGCUGACAGCAUGCUCAUCCAAUCAGAAGACCGGUGUCAGGGAGAUGCAUUGACCAAUCUGGAGGCUUGGGGGGAGGAGUGUGGCAGCCACACUAACCAAUCAGAGCCAACGGAGUCUCAGAUGUCUUCGGACUUUGACAUCCCGUCUACGCCGGAUUCACACCGACCCGGACCAGACGAGCUCAGCGAUCUGUACAGGAGACUGGCCGCUGGAGAGGAAGUGGUCACCAGGACAGGAAGUCAGUCCCUCUGACCAACUCUUUGUAUAGAGGGAAGAGGAAGCGAUUCAUAGACAGUCAAUGACCAAAGCCAGCUGCUAAUGCAGUGGUGCCUAUGAGAGAGCAGUCACCUGCAGCAGUCUGGAACAUUGUGGCCAUGAUAUACAGUAGCUUAGUCAUUUCCCAACCUUAGCACCCAAUGAUCGUUCCAUCCAGGUGACUACUUUAAAAUGGUGGAAGCCCUCAAUAUCCAGGAUAUAUGGGAGAGGAGUCCAGGUUAUAGAGGGGUCCAGGAUAUAUGGGAGAGGAGUCCAGGUUAUAGAGGAGUCCAGGAUAUAGAGGGGUCCAGGUUAUAUGGGAGAGGAGUCCAGGUUAUAGAGGGGUCCAGGUUAUAUGGGAGAGGAGUCCAGGAUAUAUGGGAGAGGAGUCCAGGUUAUAUGGGAGAGGAGUCCAGGUUAUAUGGGAGAGGAGUCCAGGAUAUAUGGGAGAGGAGUCCAGGUUAUAGAGGAGUCCAGGAUAUAGAGGGGUCCAGGUUAUAUGGGAGAGGAGUCCAGGUUAUAGAGGGGUCCAGGUUAUAUGGGAGAGGAGUCCAGGAUAUAUGGGAGAGGAGUCCAGGAUAUAUGGGAGAGGAGUCCAGGAUAUAUGGGAGAGGAGUCCAGGAUAUAUGGGAGAGGAGUCCAGGAUAUAUGGGAGAGGAGUCCAGGUUAUAUGGGAGAGGAGUCCAGGUUAUAUGGGAGAGGAGUCCAGGUUAUAGAGGGGUCCAGGUUAUAUGGGAGAGGAGUCCAGGAUAUAUGGGAGAGGAGUCCAGGAUAUAUGGGAGAGGAGUCCAGGAUAUAUGGGAGAGGGGUCCAGGUUAUAGAGGGGUCCAGGAUAUAUGGGAGAGGAGUCCAGGUUAUAUGGGAGAGGAGUCCAGGUUAUAUGGGAGAGGGGUCCAGGUUAUAGAGAGGUCCAGGAUAUAUGGGAGAGGAGUCCAGGUUAUAGAGGGGUCCAGGAUAUAUGGGAGAGGAGUCCAGGUUAUAGAGGGGUCCAGGUUAAAUGGGAGAGGAGUCCAGGAUAUAUGGGAGAGGAGUCCAGGAUAUAUGGGAGAGGAGUCCAGGUUAUAUGGGUCCAUCUCUGUUAUAGAGUCAAUGGAUGAUUGUGUGUUCUUGACAAUGUCUUCCUCACCUGAAAAUAGUUGUCUGUUUUUGUCCAACUUCAAGUCAAUUGAUUAAUGCAGAUAUACGAUUUCAUGUGGCGCCUAGGAAUUAUCUACACAGACCUUCCCCAUGAUACCUUACCCACGCCCUACUGUUAUAGAGACACCUUACCCACGCCCUACUGUUAUAGAGACACCUUACCCACGCCCUACUGUUAUAGAGACACCUUACCCACGCCCUACUGUUAUAGAGACACCUUACCC